CAUUAACAUCAUCACAGUCCCGCGAGAAUGAAAGUAAUCACUUCAUAGAUACAAAAAGAAGAAGAAGAAGAAAUAAACAAGUUUCAUGAAUAAUAAUCACAUUCUAUCUAUUUUGUAACUAAUUGUUACUUCUUAUCAUGCGCACUCUUUCAUUACCAUCACCAUGUCUUUCUUCUUCUUCUUGUUAUCUUCACACCAACAACAAUACGUUCCGCUUUCGCUUCUAUUAUCCCAAUUCUUCUUCUCACAAAUGCUUUCACUUGGUAACACCACAUUCGUCUCUCAAACAAACCAAAAAACAACCCACUAAAAUCAACAACACUACCCCAUCUGCCUUAACCCGUUUAUUUACUCCCAAAGGGGAAGAUAAUAAUAAUAAUAACAAUAAUAAAGACAAGAAGAAUAAGAAGCAGAACAUUGAAGAAACAGAAGAAGAAUCUGAUAAUGAUGAUGGUACUGCUUUGAAGGGUACCCUUUUGGCUGGUGUUUUGCUUCUUGGUUUUGUUGGGGGUUUUGCUUCUCUUGGUUAUUUCUAUAGAGAACCCCUCAAUUCUUUCUUGAAUCAAUUCUCUGGAUUCAUUGAAGGUUAUGGUUCAGCUGGAUAUGCAUUGUUUGUAGCAGUUUAUGCUGGAUUGGAGAUCCUUGCAAUUCCUGCCAUUCCCUUAACCAUGUCAGCUGGACUUCUUUUUGGAUCGGUUACCGGCACUAUCAUAGUCUCUAUCAGUGGAACAGUGGCAGCUAGUGUUGCUUUUCUUAUAGCAAGAUAUUUUGCUCGUGAGCGUAUUCUAAAACUAGUGGAAGGAAACAAAAAGUUUCUUGCUAUUGACAAAGCAAUUGGAGAAAAUGGCUUCAAGGUUGUGACCCUGCUUCGUUUGAGCCCUUUGCUGCCAUUUUCUUUGGGGAAUUAUUUAUAUGGAUUGACAUCUGUUAAGUUUAUUCCGUAUGUAUUGGGAAGUUGGUUGGGGAUGCUUCCUGGAACAUGGGCUUAUGUUAGUGCUGGUGCUUUCGGAAGAGCAAUAAUCCAAGAAGAAUCUGAACUUAGUGCACUUGGAGGAAACAAUCAGCUACUGACACUUGGGCUGGGACUGUUGGCCACUGCGUUAGCUGCUACAUAUGUCACGCGACUUGCAAAGGAUGCUAUCAAAGACAUCGACUAGACUGAGUAGAGAGUAGAAGCAACCCAGGCGCAUUUGCAAAUGAAUGCAGGUCCAUAUGACUAGAUUGGAGAACUGAUAUCUGAGUAAAUAAAUAUUUUAAAAAAAAAUUUACAUGAAAGAGAACCAAGGAAAAUGGUAGACCCAGCAUUCCCCUUGUAAAUUACAAUAUUCUUAUUGAUGAGAAUUUGGUAGGAUCAUUUUAUUUCA